AUGCAAGGUGCAACCAUUUGUCUGAUCAUGAUGAACGCCAUCAUUAUUGGCCUGGAGACCGACUUCCCAGACAAAUUUUCCUGGGAUAUUGUAGAAAACAUUUUCCUCGUGCUCUUCACCAUGGAACUAGCGAUUCGAAUCUACUGCCUGGGAGUGUACAAGUUCUUCAACUGUCGCAACAACCCCGACAUUGCAUGGAACCUUUUUGAUUUCAUGUUGGUCUCCAUGGGGGUCUUGAGCCUGGGCUUGCACUUCGUUGCAGGUUCUACUGACAUAUUGGCCAGGCGCAACCUUCGACAGGCCAACGACGAAUCAUACCCGCUUGGCCUUUGGGUCAAUGAUUGGGCAGCUGCCUAUGUUACGAGUGCUGUGGUCCACAUCCUUAUAGAGGAGCGGCUGGGCUACAAUGUUAACGAAACCGGGCCAGGUCCUGGCAGCCUGAAUGCCUUUUAUGCCUUGAUGGGCUGCUCGAACCCCAGGGAUCUCGAUGACCGCGGGUGCGGGCCCACAACAACCUACAAUCAUAUCAACAUGGAGACUUGGGCUGAAGCCUACGCAGCCGAGUGGGAUGAGAUACAGUCACAGUUUCCAGCAAUGGCCCCCAUCAACGCUGGCAGCAUGGGCUACGGCGGACAAACAUCUGUCUUCAUAGCCAAGGAUGUGCAGAGAAGAGCAUUCCAGCAAACCGGAGCGAUGCUCGAUUUCUACCGCGGCUGGGACACGUCGUGGAGUCAGCCAUGGCUGUUCUUCGACAACAUUACUAGCAUCAAAAGAGGCAGUGUUUAUCGAUGCAAUGAGACCCGAUUCUUCUUGGACUACCCGAACAAGCUCUACCUUAAGAUCACGGGUGACGAGCAGGGAGUUGAAAGAAUCUCUGAGAAUCGCACUGUUGCGCUUUGCCCGGAUGACUACUUUUGGCUUGCUCCCGCCUGCAGAAGCACCCCCUCGCAGUGUGUGCCUUAUCUCACUGGAGGUGCUGGAUGGAUGUUGAACGAGGUUAUGCAGAAGGCAACCUCCUUCAACAUGCCUCUGGCCAUAGGAGUCGCCAAAGAGUACAGUCAGUUGCCUCGAGAAGUGACUAGUGCUUUUUAUUGGUGGACGCCUGAUCCGACCUUUCUCGACUUAGACCCCAUCAAGAUUUCGUUCCCGGAGUACGACUUCAAUGCUUGGAAUGUUGGAGACAAGCGAUCUUCCGUGAAGGAUGCCCCUAUCGACAAGCUUAUCAGUCAAGACCUGUCCGCGCUCGCCCCAAAUGUUGAAGAUUUGGUCCGAAACAUUCGUUUCCAGGUUGAGGAUGUGAACAUUAUGAUGAUGGAUGUCUUGACGAACGGCUCUCAUUUGGAAGCGGCCUGUCGCUGGUUGAAGUCGAAGCCAUUAGCUUGGGAGUCCUGGCUACCAGAUAGGACCAAGUGUUUCCCAGGGUACGGACUCUACGACAUCAACAGGCUUGACUUCGUUCAGAACAGGGAGGACCCAACCUACUUGGAGUGCCGUCCCUGCACAUCUGGCAGGUAUUCAAAGCCAUUCGACGACAUUAAAGGCUCCACCUUUGCAUGUCGUCCCUGCGACCCAGGAACGGCUCAGCCUGAGUUUCUCGCUCUCUUCUGCGAGCCUUGCGAGAUGGGUUCCUAUCAGAAUUUCUCUGGCCAGGAGAGCUGCGACCGCUGUGGCAUCGGAUCGUACCAAGAUCGAAAAGGCUCUGCUCUAUGCAGCCUGUGUCCGGCUGGCAGCGUUACACUGGGCUUGGGUUCAGUUUCGCAGUCGGAUUGCGGCUGUGCAGCUGGGUACAUUGCUGAACAGCAGGGGAACUUGAGUUGCGUGGCUUGUGGUGAGGGCCUGGAAUGCCCGCCCAUGUCCUCGCUGAGCAGCCUCCUCAGUGGGAAAAACGAGGAUCUGAAGGACUACGUGCCCUAUGUGCGUGAAAACUUCUUCAGUCCUGUGGCACAGCCGUUGGAUAUCUACCGGUGCUUAGAAUCCGGAAGGUGCCCUGGGGGCAGACCGGGAAGUUGUGGUGGAGGCUCCACAAGUGUGGCGUGUACGGACUGCCCAAGUCGCCAGAACUGGGGUUCAGACAGCUGCGAGGAUUGCUCGAACCUCCAGGUCUUGGGCUGGAUCUUUGUGUUCCUCUUUGUCGUCGUUGGCCUGCCAUCGGUUUACUACUUGCUUACAUGGCAGACAACAGCCAAGGCAUCUGUGCUCUUCGCCACAACUUGUGCAGGCGGUAUGACUAUUUCCACGCUGCAAAAUAUCGGCAUUGUCGGAAUGAUGACAGUUCCUUUUCCGUUAUCCGUGAAGGGAGUCUUCGACUUUCUGCAGGUCUUCGUCCUGGACAUUGACAAGUUUGCCUUCUCUUGUGUUGCUGGUGAAGCAGCUUCAGUGCGUUACGUGGCAACAGCAGCUUUUUUCCCAGUGCUGGUUUUGUGGCUGUGUGCUUUUGCACGACUCAGCUGGUUUUUUCCAAGACGAUUUCACUGGGAGCCCAGCAAGACCAAGAGCAUGAUUGGCCAAAUUAUGCAGGUCAGCUUUAGCACAAUGAGCAGCCUUGCUCUGGCGCCUUUCGCUUGCUUCAGUCACCCGAACGGUGUCCACAGCAUUCUCAAGUACCCUGGAAUCACGUGCGGUUCAGAGGACCACGGCCUGAUGUUGGCAGUGGGUACGACGUUGCUCUUGGUGGGAGUCGUUGGAUUCCUUUGCAUUUGCACAUGGGCUGCAAUUAUGCUUCCCAAAUGGAGCUUGAAAGCUUGGAAUAGUCGUGUCCGAUCUUUUCGCUUUCUUGUUUUCCGCUUCCGCUUGGACAGCUGGUGGUUCGGUGUACCUCUGCUGCUGCGAGGUCCCCUACUUUCGCUGCCCAUUGUCCUUGCGACAGAUCAUGCACCUGUGCAGGUCUGCUUCUGCAUUGUGGUACUGAUGACAUUCCUGACGGUUGAAGCUCGCACGUGGCCGUGGAAGGUGCCGCUCCUCAACCUGUGUGAUUGCAUCCUGUCGUUCUGUAUUACAAUGCUGGUGGUUUCUUCUGCGCUGCACUUGCAAGCAGUCCAGGGACUGAUGAAAGAAUUUUCAGACUUCCUCACCACCAUGUUCAUGAGUGUGUUGGGCGUAAUCAUGUUACUGAUGGUAGGAAUGACCUGCUCAGCUGUGGUCUACCGUGUGGCUCUGGGUGGACAAAAGGAAUUUGCGAUAUUCAAUUUGCAGAAGGUGCCGUCAUCUGCCACUCUGUCCACACAGCUUCAAAGUUUGGCUGAAAAGCUGGCGAAUAUGGAGCUGAAGGAGAUGGAGAUCGCCCUUUCGGGGAUGAAUGUCAGUGACUUGAACAUAUUGAUUGCCAGCGUUUCCCUUCUGUCCUUCGAAGUCCUGAGCCUGAAUGAGGACGGCGUCGUCAGCGGCAGGAAGAAGUUGUCUGAGAUUGAGAUGCUGCCGGAAAAUGAUAAUGACCUUGAGGAGUGUGAGACACAGACUUCGCAGACUGACCUGUUGGCUGCUCCAUCUUCCAAGGCUCACGAGGAGUUUCAACGCCUCAGUGCCACCAACACUUGCACAGUGCCACCGGCCUCCGCACAGAACGAAAACGGCAGCUCCAAGCAGCAAGGCAGCAUGCGCGUUUGCUCGGAACCUGAGCUUGAGGUGACCAUCCUGGCCUCCUUCAUGCUGUACAUUUGUGCAGUCAUUCUUGUCCGAGCCUACGGUCGGAACACCACUGAAGAUGAUCCUUUCCACGAGUUCUUCCAGGCCCACUUCGGCAGCAUACCGAUGACCAUGUUCGCAUUGUUCGAGCUCAUCACAGCGCCAGACUUGCAGCCUUAUCGCGAAGCCAUGUUCGCAAACCCGCCCCUCAUCAUCUUCCUGGUUGUUUUCAUCAUUCUGGGCAGCUUUGGCAUUAACGGACUCCUGGUGGCCCUCAUCAAUGAGAGCAUUCUGGAGAAGAACCAAGCGCGCAUCGAAGCAGAUCGCAUGGACCGCGAGGCGAAGCGGAAGACCAUGCAGCAGCGAUGCGGAGAGCUCUUUGAUGAACUGGAUGCGAACAGAAAUCGCGUACUUCCUCGAGAUGAGCUCAAGCAAUGCACAGACCAGAUUGCUGAGCUCUUGGAGAGCUAUGGGGUGAAUUUCCAGCGACCAGAUCUUGACCAAAUGUUCUAUGUCAUGGACUACAGUGACACAGGCAUCAUUGAGCGAUCGGAGUUCAUCCAGGGCGUGGUGGGGCUCUGCGACCAGAUCCGGCCCAUGUCCAUCAUGGAGCUCCACUACCAGGUUUCCAAGACCUGCGGCAAAGUUGACCAAACCGAAGUCAAGGUCGACAGCUUGUCUAAGACAAUCGAGCACUACGAAUUCAAGAUGGAUAGCGUGGAGUCAUCGCUGAAGAAGCUCACGGACCAUCUUCCCAAGUCCUCCUCGCCUGCGAGUCCGGAGACCACCUCCAGGCGAACUUCACGAGACUUGGACACCAUCCAGUCGGUGACCUUCCAGCAGGAUGCAAUACCAGAAUGGGAGGAAGAGCUGGAUGCCGAAGAGAUCUGGAGCACCCAAGACAAUGUGGAGAGCAGAGCUUCGGAGGGUGCAGUGGAAGCCAAAGUGGGGAGCCCCAACAGUGAAUGCGCUGGUUACAAUGUUGCCCAAGAUGAUGUAGCAGCAAACGUGUUCGACACAGACAAGGAGACAGGUUCUGGGCUGCAGGCCAUGCUGGCCGAACACAGCAAGCUGCUGAGCGCGACGCUGGAAGCCGUGCAGGCCGCUUAUAUGCCAGAUAAGCUCAUUUUUGUUGGCGCUGUGGCUUCAGCGGGCAAACAAUCGGGAGCGGCGCUGUGUAGUGUGCGAUUCUCAGGUUUUGGCACGUAG